AACCCGUUUGGAAAGGAGAAAAAAAGAACCUUUUCAGAAAAAAAAAAAAAAAGUUUGCUUUUAGCUUUUCAGAACACAGUAACAUACCUACCUGAGUCGGAAGUUGGGAGCUCGCAGAAAGAAGAAACCAUAAAAAUGGCGACGCGAGGUGAAACCAAAACUCCCCGAGUUUUCUGUAUCGCGACGGCUGAUACAAAGCUCGAGGAGCUCCGAUUCAUUUCCGAUUCCGUUCGAGCCAACCUCAAUUGCUUCUCUAGAGCUUCUUCUUUCAAGGUUGAAGUGACGGUUGUUGAUGUUUCUACCAGCCGUCAGAAUGGGAUCGAGAGUUUGGAUGAUUUCGUCUUCGUGUCGAGGGAGGAUGUUCUCUCUUGCAAUGAUCUCACUGGAAAUCAUCUUCCCGACGACCGGGGUAAAGCAAUCUCGAUAAUGAGUAAAGCACUUGAAUCUUAUCUUAGUAAAGCCAAGGAAGAUGGGAUUAUUGCUGGAGUUAUAGGACUUGGAGGCAGUGGAGGGACUUCUCUCAUAUCCUCUGCGUUACAAUCUCUUCAAAUUGGAAUACCUAAGCUUAUCGUCUCAACGGUUGCGAGUGGUCAGACAGAAUCUUAUAUCGGGACAUCGGAUCUGAUACUUUUCCCGUCUAUAGUGGAUGUGUGUGGGAUUAAUAGUGUCAGUAGGGUUAUUUUAUCCAAUGCUGGUGCUGCAUUUGCUGGAAUGGUGGUCGGAAGACUUGAGAAGUUGAAAGAUUCGUGUGAUUCCAAUGAAAAACCAACAGUGGGUCUAACGAUGUUCGGGGUCACGACUCCUUGUGUCAAUGCUGUCAAAGAAAGAUUGCUUAAAGAAGGCUACGAGAGCCUUGUUUUUCAUGCUACUGGGGUAGGGGGGAAGGCAAUGGAAUCUUUGGUCAGAGAAGGAUUUAUACAGGGAGUUUUGGACAUCACAACAACAGAGGUAGCGGACUAUUUAAUGGGAGGUGUCAUGGCUUGUGACAGUUCCCGCUUUGAUGCCAUCAUAGAGAAGAGAAUCCCAUUGGUUCUAAGUAUAGGAGCACUGGAUAUGGUGAACUUUGGAUCCAAAGAUACAAUACUCUCCAAUUAUCACGAAAGGAAUAUAUAUGAACAUAAUAAACAGGUUUCCCUGAUGCGAACUACGGCAGAGGAGAGCAGAAAAAUUGCUCAUUUUAUAGCUGAUAAGAUUAACAAUUCAUCGGCAAAGGUUCGUGUGUGCCUGCCACAGAAUGGCGUAUCUGCUCUGGAUGCACCAGGGAAGCCAUUUUAUGAUCCUGAGGCUACUGCUACUCUUAUAGAUGAACUACAGAGGGUUAUUCAGUUAAAUAACGAUAGGCAGGUGAAGGUAUAUCCUUAUCAUAUUAACGAUCCUGAGUUCGCUGAGGUAUUGGUUAACUCAUUCUUGGAAAUUACUUCAAAAGAUACGGACUCAUGUGGCCCAAAACUUGUUUUAGCUGAAACUAGUCAAGACCUUCUUAAGGACUCCAUUUCUGUGUCCAACUUGUCUGCCAAUGUAAACAUUUCAUAUAGUCCUAGUGACUUCCCAGAGGCAAAACCAGAAACUUUGCAAAGAACACGAAUGAUAUUGGAGAACUUGAAAGCUCAAAUACUUAAAGGUGUGCCCAUAAUAGGGGCUGGUGCAGGCACUGGGAUAUCUGCCAAGUUUGAAGAAGUUGGUGGUGUUGAUCUGAUAGUAGUGUACAAUUCAGGGCGCUUUCGCAUGGCUGGGAGGGGUUCCUUAGCAGGCUUGCUACCUUUUGCUGAUGCUAAUGCCAUAGUGCUUGAAAUGGCCAAUGAAGUAUUGCCUGUGGUGAAGACAGUUCCCGUACUUGCUGGAGUAUGUGCUUCUGAUCCAUUUCGUCGAAUGGACUUCUUUCUAAAGCAGGUGGAGUCGAUUGGAUUCUCUGGAGUGCAAAAUUUUCCUACUGUUGGGUUGUUUGAUGGUAACUUCAGACAAAACCUUGAAGAAACAGGAAUGGGAUAUGGAUUGGAGGUCAAGAUGAUUGAGAGGGCCCACAAAAUGGGUCUCUUGACAACCCCAUACGCUUUUAACGAAGAUGAAGCCUUAGAAAUGGCAAAAGCCGGUGCAGACAUUAUAGUUGCCCACAUGGGACUCACUACCUCUGGAUCUAUUGGAGCCAAAACUGCCCUAUCAAUGGAGGAAAGUGCAAUCCAUGUACAGGCUAUAGCAGAUGCUGCUCAUAGGAUCAAUCCUAAUGUUUUAGUGCUCUGUCACGGAGGUCCUAUAUCGGGCCCUACUGAAGCAGCAUUCAUUCUGAAGAGAACCAAGGGAGUACAUGGAUUUUAUGGUGCAUCGAGCAUGGAGAGGCUACCAGUCGAACAAGCUAUAACUAACACUAUCCAGGAGUACAAAUCAAUUUCAAUGAGAUAAAUUUUUGAAGUCUGGCCCUUGAGCUUCAUACUUGGCAUUUAUAUUGUAUCUUAUUACUAACUUCUCACACGCUAAAAACUGACCAACCCAAUUACUCGACUUGAAAAAUCCAAAAAACAACUCUUAAAUGUUGUUUGAUAUUCAAUGCUGGUUGUUAAUGUCUGAUGCACGGCUAUCCUGUUGGCAUACUAUUCAUGUUCUUAAACGUAAUCUAAUAUAUACUAAUAUAUUGUAUAUAUA